AGCUGGAGCGGGCAGGGGGCGUUGGGUGGGUGUGCGGGGUGCAGGGUGCGUGUCCGUGCUGGGGACACGCUGCCCCGGUGCCGGUGCCACCCCCCGCAUCCUCCGCCCGCGGGCGGGGCUCGGCAGCGGCGGGGCGGGGCGGGGGCGGUGGCAGCUCCCGGUGAAUCGGGGAGGGAAGGCAGCUCCCGGGGAAUCGGGAAGGGAACAGCAGCUCCCGGUGAAUCCCGGAGGAGCCUCCUCCGCAGAGCAGGGCGGGGGUUCUGCCGUGCGGGGUCACCGUGGAGCGGCGGCUCCAGCCCGGUCUGCGCGCCCCGGCGGGGCUGAGGGCUCUGGGCCGUCCUCACCGGCAGCUCCAGGUCCUGGUGAGAACCGGGGGGAAGCACCGAGACACGUCCCUGUCCCAGGUAAGGUGGGAGGGCACGGCUCGUCUUCAUCUGCCCGGCCGGGGCUGGUCCUGCGCCGGAUGCUGCCAUGUAUCCCAGGAUUAAAAGCCUUGUGCUUUACACCUUCUCAUUCACGCUGCUGGCUUGGGUGUUCUACAUGAAGAAGGAAGCGAGGUUGGCAGCAUCAUCAGCAGAGCAGAAAGUGGAUGUGGUGGAUCACAGACUGCAGCCCUCGGUUCUGGACAGCGCCGAGCACAGCAAGUGUUUGCCAAACUUGACCUUUGCCAAUUCUUCUCUCGCCCUCCCGGAGCCUCACCGAGUCUUCCUAACCUACAAGCAUUGCAGGAACUUCUCGGUCCUGCUGAGGCCUUCUAGGUGUAGCAAAGAGAUGUUCCUCCUACUGGCCAUCAAGUCUUCCCCCAUCAACGUGGACCGGCGUGUGGCCAUCAGGAACACGUGGGGGAAGGAGGUGUCCAUCGGGGGCAGGCACAUCAGGCUGGUGUUCCUCCUAGGGCGCUCCGAGACCAAAAUCCAGCUGCAGCCCCUGCACCAGCUGCUGGCCUAUGAGAGCCAGGAGUUCGAUGACAUCUUGCAGUGGGAUUUUGUUGAUGACUUCUUCAACCUGACCCUCAAGGAGCUGCAUUUCCUCCGCUGGUUCACGGAGGACUGCCGGCACGCCAGGUUCGUGCUGAAGGGCGAUGAUGACGUGUUUGUCAACACUUACAACAUCGUUGAGUUCCUCCAGGAGCUGGACCCUGAACAGGAUCUCUUUGUUGGGGACGUGAUCGCCAACGCCCGGCCCAUCAGGAACACCAAGGUCAAAUACUUCAUUCCAGAGCCCAUGUAUGAAGCCACCUUCUAUCCUCUCUAUGCAGGAGGAGGGGGAUAUGUGAUGUCCAGAGAGACAGUGCAUCGCCUCCAAAGCACCGCAGAGGACAUGGAGCUCUUCCCCAUAGAUGAUGUGUUUGUGGGAAUGUGUCUGGCAAAGAUGUCAGUGACCCCAAAGAACCACGCUGGCUUUAAGACUUUUGGGAUCCAGAGACCUUUCAAUCCUUUCGAUCCGUGCUUGUACAAAGAGCUGAUGGUUGUGCACAGACUGAACCCAACAGAGAUGUGGAUCAUGUGGACGCUGGUGAAGGAUGACAGCAUUAGGUGUGCAGUGUCGGUGACACACAGCUACAGCAGGGGCUGGAAAAGGAGCUACUGAUGAGCCCAGGGAUUGUGGCUGGUGACAGAGUACUUAAACUAAAAAUCAGGUUGUGGUAGAAACGUGUCCGUUACUAACAGACUGCACUGGAGCUGUCGUGGUUUGGUUUGCAGUGAGUCUUUUUUCUGUCAAGGGUUACUUGAAGCAGUUGACUUGUCACAGGGUGGGGCUGUGGUCAGUGGCUUCUCAGCCAGACUGUGCCAGGGGAAGUCACAAUUGCCACCUGCACUGAUGUCUGACUGCUGGCCAAAGUCAGUCUCAUGUGGGACAGCCAGCGAUGACUAAGGAGUGACAGAGCAUUUGAAAUUUACUUGAAGGCAUGGAAGAAAGGCCAGUAUGUCCUGCUAGG